AUGAGACGGCCCGUCGACCUUCUCACCAGGGUUGCAUGCACCUUGUACUACUUGUGCAAUGAGGGGCGACUUCGUAAAACUGCCAAUGCUUUUGGACUUUCCCGGUCAACUGUCUCUGUCAUCAUUCGUCAAGUGUGUAAGGCAAUAUGCACCACCUUGGGUCAUGAGUACAUCGCCACACCAAAGAUGAAACCUGAGGUACAACGGCUCGUAGACAACUUCUACAGCAGUCACGGUAUGCCACAAUGCCUGGGGGCAAUCGAUUGCACGCACAUCGAAGUGAAACCCAGUACUGAUUCCACAGGGUUUGUAAACAGAAAGGGGAAACAUUCUCUGAACGUACAAGCACUGUGCGACUACAACUACUGUUUUAUGGACGUCUUGGUGAAAUGGCCGGGCAGUGUCCACGACGCACACAUCUUCGCGAACUCUGUGUUGUGCAGUGAACUGAGAGAUGGGACAAUACCACCCUGCCCAAAAGAGUUGGUGGAGGGCGAGGAUGCGGUUCCUGCGUUCAUCCUUGGUGAUCCAGCUUAUCCCCUGCUGCCUUUCCUAAUGAAGGAAUACCCCAAUGGCGGAGCUACUCCUCAAGAACAGUAUUAUGGACUAACGCUGUGCAAGGCACGUAUGGUGAUAGAAUGUGCGUUUGGGCGCCUGAAGGCACGGUUUGCAGCUCUGAGGAGGCCUAUGGAUAUAAACCUGGAUGACCUUUACUAUGUGAUAUAUGCUUGCUUUGUACUGCAUAACUAUUGUGAACUGCAGAAGGAACCUCUGCCAGAGAGUAGUGUGACUGCUGAUACGCAAUAUGACCAAGAGUUUCAGCCACCAGCUGCAGCGGACAAAACACACGAAGCUGAAGGAAGGCGUGUGAGGUGUGUUGUCACGAUGUUUUUGGAUCCUUGA